AUGGGCGAUAUAGACAUGGAGGACCUGGAGGAGGGAGAGGAGGAGGACAUGGAGGAGGAUGACGAUGACCCAGAGGAAGUGGGUCCGCAGCUGCUUGGGCGCAUGGUGAAGGUGACGCAUCUCAAGUCACGCGCAGAUUUGAUUGGCAAGGAGGGGAAGGUCAUGGAAGUUUAUCCAGAUAAAGACCGUGUGGGAGUUUGGUUUCUCCACACAAAGGGCUUGGAGCUUUCAAUACCCUUGGCCAGUGUGGAUUUUUUGCCCACCGAGCCGCCAAAGAAGUGUUUAAAUGAGAUCAAUUGA